AAAAUGCGCCCCUGACGUACCGCGCAGUGUAGUGACGUGACACGCGGCACCGGCGAGAUGUGGAAGGUUGAAGGUUCGGAAAAGAGGAUAAAUGAUAAACCUCCAUUCGCAGAAAAUGGACUUACUGAUAUAUAAUAUGCAACUUUCCUGCCUACAUGAUUAACAGCUGAGUAUUUUUUAAUUGCACCCAUAGAAGAAAGUACACCAGAGUUAAGAACAGGCAAGGAUCUACCAUGAAAUGAAGACAAAUACCUGCAAACAGCAAAGUGAAACAAAACAGCCCAGCAGGGGGAAUUGGGACCUGAAUGGAGAAAGAAAUGGAACCUCUACAAUCCUGGAACUCCUGAUUCAAGCUGCAGUUCUCUAAACUUCCCAACCAUAAUGGGUAUUUCCUGGUUCACAGUCAUUGCCAUAUUUGCAUUUUCCUCCAUUUAUUGUAUUGUUUCUCAUCCCAAACCGGAGUUAUGGUUCCAAGACCUCUUCCCCCUUAAGAUGUGUCCUGCCAAUGCCAGCAUGGGAACAUUUUAUGGCAUCAUGUUUGAUGCAGGAAGCACAGGGACACGAAUUCAUAUUUACACCUUUAUACAGAGAAGCCCAGAAAAUCCUGUAGAGUUAAAAGGGGAAGUUUUUGAAUCAGUGAAGCCAGGUCUCUCAGCAUACGCCAAUCAGCCUGAGAAGGGAGCUGAAACUAUCAGAAAAUUAUUAGAGAUGGCUAAAAAUGCUGUACCACCACCUCACUGGAACAAGACCCCCGUAGUACUGAAAGCCACUGCUGGUCUACGGUUGUUAGCAGAACACAAAGCUCAGGCUCUACUCUCACAAGUCAGAGUGGUCUUUGAGGAUUCACCAUUUUUAGUUCCUGAUAAUAGUGUUAGCAUAAUGGAUGGCUCUUAUGAAGGUAUUUUAGCCUGGAUCACUGUGAAUUUUUUGACAGGACAGCUGUAUGGCCAAGACCAGCAGACAGUUGGAACUCUGGACCUGGGAGGAGCUUCGACUCAGAUAACAUUCCUGCCACAGCUGGAGGAAACCUUAGCACAAACACCAGUGGAUUUUCUUACCUCAUUUCAAAUGUUCAACAGUACUUAUAAGCUCUACACACACAGCUAUUUGGGGCUUGGGCUGAAAGCUGCUCGGUUAGCAACAUUAGGAGCUUUGAAUAUGGAAGCAGUUGGACAAACAUUCAGAAGUUCUUGCCUGCCAAAACAGCUGGAAGCAGAAUGGCAUUUUGGUGGAAUAAAAUACCAGUAUGGUGGUAACAAAGAAGGUGAAACUGGAUUUGAACCAUGUUAUUCUGAAGUACUGAAGGUUGUACAAGGAAAACUGCAUCAACCAGAUGAGAUUCAGAGAAGCUCCUUUUAUGCCUUUUCCUAUUAUUAUGAUCGGGCUGUGGACACUGACUUGAUAGAUUAUGAAAAAGGUGGUGUUUUACAUGUGAGAGACUUUGAAAGAAAAGCCAAACUAGUGUGUGAUAAUCUGGAUAACUAUAGCUCUGCCAGCCCUUUUUUAUGUAUGGAUCUCAGUUACAUUACAGCUUUAUUAAAAGAAGGCUUUGGAUUUGGUGACAACACAAUUUUACAGGCAAGUAAAAACUGUAGGAUCCAGCCUAGCAUUUCAUCCCAUAAAAUUCAGGUGAAUUUUAUCUAUUUUAGCAACAUUGGUUGCAACACAGUUGUUGGACUAUUUGUCAAAAUAAACAGAAGGUAUCCUGUUUUUAUAUCAUUUUCACUCAGCUAGAAUGUAAACCUAAUAAACUUUAUCCCUAAUAGUCAAGACAGCUUUAUUUCUUUUAUGAAAAUCUUAAUAGUCAGCAGUCAUCAUUCAUCUUGGUUAUCUACCCUUAGAUUUGUUCUACUCAUUUUUUCAACACUAUGCAUAAUUUAAUAUACCUCAAUAAAGUCCAUUUCCAAGCCUGAGCUAAAUAAUUACCAGUUUCUUCACAGUCGGUCCAUCUUACUUUUCUGAUCAUUUGAUCUUCCUUUCCUGCUUUUUCAUUUUAUAAUAUGUGUCCUUUUUUGAAUGAUCAGAACUGUGUCCAACAUAAAAGUUGUUGAAAUCUUAAUGUGUGUAGGGUACCAUUAUGUUGAAAAAUAUUGGUAUAGUGGCUGCUUCAUAAUAAUGAUAGCUAUCUCUGUCAAAUCCACGUAGAUUUCUAUUUUUUAAGAUGUAUUCAACCUAAAAAAAUGUAUGUACCAUCAAGUGAAUCAGAUCUCUUAAUUUUUCUUUUCAGCUGGCAAAGAAAGUAAACAACAUAGAGACAAGCUGGGCUUUGGGUGCUGCCUUUCACCUUCUACAGUCCCUAGGACUCUCCCACUAAGGAAGCUGAGAAUUUGCAUUUCUUGCACGGGCCAUUCUAAUGAGCAUAUAUUGAAAUACAGACCAAAGGAGAAGAAAUGGCACCUUUAAGAACUGCAGUACAGUGGGAAUCCUUCUACAAUUAUAAGACCUAACUGAUGCCAAAGAACCUUGAAACAGAUUAGGCAUCUUUUCAGUCAAGGCAUGAAUGCAUAUUUGGUACCAGCACAUCCCAAUGUUGGGGUGGCUCCACAAGCUCUUUGUCUAUGUAAUUUUGAAUGUUCACAUCAAAGAAACAGCUUAGUCUGAUGUGUUAAACAGCAAAACUGAAGUGUACCAGUUACCUUUCCCAUAAGUUGUUUGAAACCCAAGUAGAUAUGCUUCUAGGAUUAGCUGGUUCUUAAGCAUGGAUAAAGAUGUUAUUUUAUUCUAUUACAGAUGUAUUAGCUGGUGAGGAAUAUCAGCAAAAAGAUUUUAGGAAUCCUACAAGGAAUUGUUCUUGUCUCUCUACUUUUCUAAAGCUGAGAGAGCAAAGUCCUCUCUGUAGAUGUUCUUAUUUUAGACAAAGAGGUUUUCUUGGGUUAAAUAGUCAUAACUUGCUCCUCAGUCCAGUCUUACAGAAUAAUUUAAUGCAAGCUGUAGAGAGCCUUUUUUUAAAGAAUUCUAUGAAAGGAAAAGCUUUUCUUUUUAAACUACCACAUCUCCCAAUAUAUAUAUAUAUAUAUUGGUUUGGAGACAGGUGCAGUUAGACUCCAUCAUGCAGCUAGUAAUGUCAGAUUAGUGCGCUACUUGCUGCAAAGCACUUAACUGGAUCAGGAGAUCUCUUCAAACUACAAAAACACAAAAUAUUCCCCUGAACUAUGUACUAAAUAAGUGAGACAUCUUAAUAUUUUGCACAUACUUCUAUAUAGUAUACUUCUACUAAAAAGCUCUUGAACAUAAAUGUUAAAAUGUGGUAAUUAUAGAUACCUACAUUUUUAUCCAAGUGCUCUUAAUAUUAGAAGAUAGUGUCAGUUCUGUGUAUAUUUACUCAGACUUAAAGUUAAUGUGGUUUAAUCCCAAGUAUGGAUAGGUUUUGUAGCCCUGUUGAGUGCAUAUGAAUUUUGUCUUGUCUAUGUAGUACUACACAUUUCAUUAUGUAGUUAGAAAGUUUGACAAGAACUACCCUUUUAUUAUCACCAUUUCUUUCUAGAUCUUGGUGUUAAUGGUAAUUUUCAGCCAGUCUUUUUAUGCUGAAUUGACAAGACAAAAGCUCAGUAACUCCUCCUCUUGCUUUCUAGUCCUUCAUAGUUAAUAAAGAUGACCUGUUUAUUGAGAGAUGCUUGCUUCCAGAUAAAACACCUUAAUUUGUUAAAUCCAGCAUAAAUCAGUCUUCUGCCACUUUAUUUGUAAACUCAGGCAUAUUUUGGUUUUUGAACAUUAUUCUUCUAUAUGAAGGUUAAUCUAGGCUUGACAAAUUCAGGAUCUUAACCUCCUUGAUUACAGUGUGCUUCAACAGAUGUGGACCUCCUGCUAAUUAGGAGCUCACUUCUGUAUUCCUUAUUUAAACAAACUUGAAUACUAAUCAGGGGCUUGUCUGUGUGAACGAGGCAAGAUGCUAAGUUUUUUUUCCUCUGAUGAUCCCAGUACUAGUUUGAAAUUAGUGCCCAUGCUUUUCCUAAUGUAUUGAGUCUGUUUACAAAUGUUAUUAUCUGCAAAGAAUUGCCUUGUUGAAAAAGAUACAUCUGUAUAAUUGGUCGAGGAAGAGUUAAAGAAAUAAACACCUAA